GAGAGAGAGAGAGAGAGAGAGAGAGAGGAGCUGCUACUCAGAGAGUUUAAUUAGUGACGAGAAAGAAGAAGCAGCAGCAGGAGACAGUUGAACAGUUGUAGUUCUGCUUCAGGUCCCUGUCUCAGUCCUCAGAGACACAGAUCUGGUUUUAAAGCAGGUCACUGAGGAUUUAAAUCAGCUGCUGACGACCUAGCUGGACUCUGGACUCGGUCUGGACUCUUGUCUCUGGUCUCAGCUGGACUCUGGACUCGGUCUGGACUCUUGUCUCUGGUCUCAGCUGGACUCUGGUAUCUGUCUGGUCCUAGUCUCAGCUGGACCCUGGACUCUGUCUGGACUCUGGUCUUUGUGAGCUUCUGGUCCUAGUCUCAGCCGGACUCUGGACUCUGUCUGGACUCUGGUCUUUGUCAGCGUCUGGUCUCUGGUCUCAGCUGGACUCUGGUCUUUGUCAGCUUCUGGUCCUAGUCUCAGCCGGACUCUGGACUCUGUCUGGACUCUGGUCUUUGUCAGCGUCUGGUCUCUGGUCUCAGCUGGACUCUGGUCUCUGUCUGGUCCUGGUCUCUGGUCUCAGCUUGACUCUGGACUCUGUCUGGACUCUGGUCUUUGUCAGCGUCUGGUCUCUGGUCUCAGCUGGACUCUGGUCUCUGUCUGGUCCUGGUCUCUGUUCUCAGCUUGACUCUGGACUCUGUCUGGACUCUGGUCUUUGUCAGCGUCUGGUCUCUGGUCUCAGCUGGACUCUGGUCUCUGUCUGGUCCUGGUCUCUGGUCUCAGCUGGACUCUGGACUGUGUCUGGACUCUGGUUUUGGUCCUUGUCUGAGUGUCCUCGGACGGUGAACCCCCCCCACGAGGCUUGAGCCUGGGAAGCAUGAUGCCAUCGGGAUGGCUCGUGAGGACGCGGUGAGAUGUCUGAGGUGUCUGCUGUACGCACUCAACGUGCUCUUCUGGCUGAUGUCAGCGUGUGUGUUGGGAGUGGCCGCGUGGAUCCGAGACGCUCUGAACACCGUCCUGACGCUGACGGCUCACACCAGGCUGGAGGAAGCGGCCGUCCUCACGUACUCUCCAGCUGUUCAUCCCGUCAUCAUCGCCGUGUGCUGCUUCCUCAUCAUCGUGGCGAUGGUGGGAUACUGUGGAGCGCUCAGGUGCAACCUGCUGCUGCUCUCCUGGUACCUGUGCAGUCUGCUGGUGAUCUUCUGCGUUGAACUGGCCAGCGCCGUGUGGACGUAUGACCAGCCAUCAGUGCAGCGCUCUGAUAUGAUCAGUCUCAAGUCUCGGAUGUCAAACUACGGCCUGCAGAGAUACCAGUGGCUCACACACACCUGGAACAGCUUCCAGACACAGUUUAAAUGCUGUGGAGUGAUGUACUUCACUGAUUGGCUGGAGAUGACAGAGAUGGAGUGGCCUCCUGACUCCUGCUGCUCCAAUCAGUAUCCAGGCUGCGCUCGCCACGCCCACUACCACGACCUGAGUGACCUCUACCAAGAGGGCUGUGGUCCAAAGAUCUACGGUUUCAUUCGUGGGACGAAGCAGUUGCAGGCGCUGCGUUUCCUGGGCGUGUCCAUCGGCGUGGCUCAGAUCCUGGCCAUGGCGCUCACCCUCACGCUGCUCUGGGCGCUUUAUUAUGGACGAAAGUCUCCAGACCUGGACUCCAUGGCACCCCCGAUGGACUCCGGCCCCGACACUGUGACGCAUGGAGCCUCAGGUUCAGGCAGUAACCAGACUAACAUGUCCGCUGCCUCCACGCCGAAGGAACACCAGUUUGAGAUGGAGUGCCUGUCGUAGCCGUGUGGACAAGCAGGACGCUCUCCGGGUUCAUGUCUGAGACGUGUAAACAUGUGACAUCAUCAGAGGACCAAGCAGAAACUGAGGAAAACAUGACGUGGAAAAAAAACGUAAAAAACAAUGAGAAAUUAAAUAGCAGUGAAAUUUCAAGUCAGGAACACGUUGUGAAGAUAUCAGGAACACGUCAGGAACACGUCAGGAACACGUCAGGAACACGUCAGGAACACGUUGUGAAGACAUCAGGAACAUGUCAGGAACACGUCAGGAACACGUCAGGAACACGUCAGGAACACGUCAGGAACACGUCAGGAACACGUUGUGAAGAUAUCAGGAACACGUCAGGAACACAUCAGGAACACGUCAGGAACACGUUGUGAAGACAUCAGGAACAUGUCAGGAACACGUCAGGAACACGUCAGGAACACGUCAGGAACACGUUGUGAAGACGUCAAGAACACGUCAGGAACACGUUGUGAAGACGUCAGGAACACGUCAGGAACACGUCAGGAACACGUUGUGAAGACAUCAGGAACACGUCAGGAACACGUUGUGAAGACAUCAGGAACAUGUCAGGAACACGUCAGGAACAUGUCAGGAACAUGUCAGGAACACGUUGUGAAGACAUCAGGAACAUGUCAGGAACACGUCAGGAACACGUCAGGAACACGUCAGGAACACGUUGUGAAGACGUCAAGAACACGUCAGGAACACGUUGUGAAGACGUCAGGAACACGUCAGGAACACGUCAGGAACACGUUGUGAAGACAUCAGGAACACGUCAGGAACACGUUGUGAAGACAUCAGGAACACGUCAGGAACACGUCAGGAACACGUUGUGAAGACAUCAGGAACACGUCAGGAACACGUCAGGAACACGUUGUGAAGACAUCAGGAACACGUCAGGAACAUGUCAGGAACACGUCAGGAACACGUUGUGAAGACAUCAGGAACACGUCAGGAACACGUCAGGAACACGUCAGGAACACGUCAGGAACACGUCAGGAACACGUUGUGAAGACAUCAGGAACACGUCAGGAACACGUCAGGAACACGUCAGGAACACGUCAGGAACACGCUGGAACAAAGACAGAAACAUUGUCCCUUUAAAGUGAACCUGAGCUGAUUCGUAGGAACCAGGACAGAUCGUGGCUCCUUAUUGAACAUGAACAUGAAGCUUGAUGGAACCACAACUGUUCUCAAGACGUUCUCUAGAACCUGAGCUGUUCCCAUGUGAGGGAUCAGCAGAUUUGUGUUUUAUAUGUGAACAUGUGUGAUGUUGAUGUUUCAUACUUUUGUGUCUGAGUUAUUUUUCUCACUGGAAAAUAAAACAAAGUUUGAAAGUU